AUGACGUUUUCAUUGAUUUAUGACUUUUUGAUUCCAGACGCUUUGGAAGUGGAAGAGAGCCGUUAUGAUUAUUCUUCGUUAUUCGCGCCAGUGAAUUCACUCUUAUCACUUAUUUAUCCACAAUCUUCGCCUCAGUCAUCUUACGAACCGUAUUUGCAGUCGCAGAGAAACUUGGUGUACGAGCAGCCGUCCACCCAGGAUGCCCCGAAGCCAUUGGCGAACUGCGGCCAGAACUUGGUUCCGAAUUGCCAAGCGUCGCGCUACCGCAGCUACGACGGUUCCUGCAACAACAAGCACUACCCCUCCUGGGGCAUGGCCAACACCAAGUACUCGCGCCUCCUGCCCGCCAAUUACGCCGACAACAUUCACGAGCCGCCAGUGUCCAAGAGUGGCAAUCCCCUGCCGAACGCCCGUGUGGUGAGCUAUACUCUCUUCCCGGACAUCGACAUCCAAGACCAAAAGUGGACUCUCCUCGCCAUGCAAUGGGGGCAGAUUAUGACGCACGACAUGGGCAUGAUAGAUGGAACCACCCAAUCGAAGGCCCAUGCAACGCAGUGUUGUACGAACGAAGGACGAUUAAUAAGGCAGGCAUUAAGCAGCCCCUUAUGUUAUCCAAUUUUAAUACCUCUUAACGAUCCAGUUUACUCGAAGGAUAGGCAGCAAUGUCGCAAUUUUGUCCGCAGUACGACUGACCUGGACCGAGGUUGUUCAUCUGGAUAUCAACCAGCCGAACAGUUGACAGUCGUAUCGCACUUUUUGGAUCUCUCCAUUAUUUACGGCUCGAGCAACAACAUCGCUGCAAGUCUACGUGCUGGUGUUGGUGGUCGUUUGGUCGUCAAUGUGAAUAAAAAUCGAGAAUAUCUACCACAUGCCACCAACAAGAGCAACUCAUGCGACAUUUCUAACGAAGCUGAAAUAUGCUACGCAUCAGGUGACGCUCGAGUCAAUCAAAACCCACAGCUGACGAUUUUACACUUGAUGCUGCACAGAGAACACAAUCGUAUAGCCAAGGAACUCGCCCUAUUGAAUCCCCAUUGGAGCGACGAAACAAUUUUCCAAGAGACAAGGAGAUUAACUAUUGCCAUACAUCAACAAAUCUCGUAUUACGAGUGGCUUCCGAUAUUCAUAGGAAAGCAAAAUUCGUACAAUCGUAGAAUUCUGUACAGUACUCAAGGCUGGGUCAAUGAUUACGAUGCCACUGUAAAUCCCAGUACACUUAACGAGCACUCGAACGCCGCUUUCCGUUACUUCCACUCUCUCAUUGCCGGUAGAUUACUUUUGGUGGACGAGCACCGUUUCUCCUACACGUACAACGCCCUGAGGCUGAGCGAUCACUUUAACCGGCCGGCGGUGAUCGAGGAGGACGACAACCUGGACAAACUGACGAGGGGCAUGGCCUUCCAGCCUCAGGAGGCGAGCGACCAAUGGUUCGACAGCGAGAUAACGAAUUACCUGUUCAGAAACGGUCGAAAAUUGGGCGACGAUCUGCGGGCGAUCGACGUACAGAGGAACCGGGACCACGGCCUCGCCACUUACAACGAUUAUCGCGCUUACGCGAAGCUACCUAAGGCCAACAAGUGGAGCGACUUCGGCGACGUCAUCAGUCCGGAGAACAUUCAAAGGCUCGUGCAGCUGUACGAGAGUCCCGAGGACGUGGACCUGACAGUGGGUGGGUCGCUCGAGCGCCACGUCGACGGCACCCUCGUUGGACCGACCUUCCUCGACAUCUUGACCGAGCAGUUCUGGAGGACGAGGGUCGGCGAUCGCUUCUGGUACGAGACCGGAGAUCCCGAUAUCGCCUUUACAAUUGAGCAACUUACUGAAAUCCGUAAGGCCAGUAUCUCUAGGCUAUUCUGCGACAACGGAGACGAGAUUCACCUAAUGCAGCUACGAGGCUUCGAACAGGUCUCACAAACAAAUCCACUAACGAGGUGCGACAACAUUCCGUCUAUAAACUUGAAUUUAUGGAAGGACAUUCAAACGUCACCGCCAACCUCGCCGCUACCGACGCCCCCGAUCCAGGGACAGACGUGGACGAUACUACCAUCCACAUGGCUACUUCCAUGGCGUCAAUAAUCCAAGUUUUGUUAAAUAUUUAAAAUUUAGGAAAGUGAAUACGCCUGCCCGAGAAUUGCGCUUGACCAUAUACGC